CGGCUCUCGCCAGGCACUUCCGGCUCCACAAAAUGGCGGAUGGCGACAGUUUCGAGGAAAAGGCGGCGACGGUGUUCCGGUGCGCUCUGUGCCGGUGCAGCGCCUUCGCCGGCCGCCGGAGCCACCUUUACAGCGCAGGGCACCAGCGCCGCCUCCGCAAGAGCCUCGCCCGCCUCGCGGAGAAGGUGGAUGCAGCCCGGAAGAUGCUGAAGCACGCUGUGGUUGCCCCCUUUGACCCUCUGGAGCAUGAACGGCAGUUCUGGUGCAGUUGCUGCAGGCUGGAGGUGAGAUGCCACCUGAGCCAUGGGACCCUGGCAGUGCUGCAUGCUGGCCUCCUGGAGCACAUGGCCAGCCCAGAACAUAAAAAAGCAGUCGCUGCAUUCUGGUGGGAGAACAAAGCAGACCCCAAACAGAAGGCAAAAUUCCUGGUGUCCUCUGAGGAAUACGAGCUCUUCAAAGUUUCACUCUCCAAAGCUCUGGAUGUGUACGAGGAAAAAGAAGAUGAAGUCAUUCGAGAGGUGGCAGCUCGCAUCCGAGAGGCAGAGUGGAGCCGGCAAGAAAUGCUGCAGGCCAUUUCAGAGCCACAGAGAGAGACCGAACCAUAUGAUGGAGCAGCUGCUGCUAGCAAUGGCUUUACCAAGAGGAUAAGUGACUCUCCUUUUGACAUGGAUGAACAGGAACAGCCAGGCCCAAGCAGCAGCAUCACCAUACAUCUCAGAGGACAACCUGGGUGCACCUACAGCAGUGCUCCGGAGCUGGACUGGCCGGAAUCAAAACAGCCCUUAACUUUCAUUGGCCACCAGGAAACAGCAGGAGAGGGCAAUAUUCACACAGGGGCUAAACCCCCUUGGCUGAUGGAAGAGGAGGAGAAGGAAGCAGGUCAAGGGCAGAUCGGACCUUCUUAUGAAGAAUUUCUUAAGGAAAAAGAGAAACAGAAGCUUAAGAAGCUCCCAGCCAAUCGUGUUGGUGCCAACUUUGAUCACACUUCUGAGACAGGAGAAGGAUGGCUUCCCUCCUUUGGGCGGGUCUGGAACCAUGGCAGAAGGUGGCAGUCCAGGCAUCAGUUCAAAGCUGAAGCAGGACGCAAACCCAGUGGUAAAAGGAAGGAGCCAAAAACAGACUGAGGAAGGAAUAUCUUCUGCUUUCUGCAUCUUGCCACAACAUUCAAUGCACUUUAUUCAACUACAGAAGAGCAAGGGAAUAGUUUUUAUGGGUUAUGGCUAGAUUUUAUAUUUACAUCUGUUUACCAAGUCACCAGUAAUAUUUUCUCCUUGAGACAAAUUAGCAUUUAGCUCUGUAGGGAAUUUUAUGUGUACGGUUUGUAUUUUUAAUGUAUGUGCAGUAAGUCACAUCAUACUAGAGUAAUGCUUUUCUUCUUCUCUCUUGCAUGAUAUUUAAUUUUUUAACCAUCUGCGCCUGAUGAAGACAGUGGCUCCAAAAAAUGUUACAUAUUUUAUAUUGUUGAUUGACCAAAUAAAGGUAUCCCUAUAAUGUG